AUGUGUGAGCUAGUAUUAUCUAUUGAUAAUAUUAUUAACAAUAAUAACGGCGAACCAUGCCAACAUGGUGCAUUCAUCAACAACACAUGCGCAUUUUGCAAACGACUCAAGGAAGAUUGCAACGAUCCCAUCACUAUACCGUUUCGUUACAUCGCUCCCAAUUUCUCCCUAACCAUAAAUGCAAUUCGACACCUAAGAGGUUGUAAUUUCGGAACCUUACUAGACCGAAAGAAGCUAAAUUUAGUACUCGACUUAGAUCACACGUUGAUACAUUCGAUAAAGACCAAAUCGAAAGAGUUCACCCUAGAGGAUAAGGAAAAGAUCAAAACGUGUUACAAAGAUGUACACGAGAUUUGUGAUGGGAAAAGAUUGGUUAAGUUAAGGCCGGGUGUUCGUGAAUUCCUUGAAGAAGCUAGCACUAUGUUCGAGUUAUCAAUCUACACUAUGGCAAAAGAAUUCUACGCGAAAGAGGUGGCUAAAAUGCUUAGAUCGAACGUGUGUCAAAAAAGGGUUAAGUUCGAAAAUGUGAUUUCUAAGGAGGAUUGUACUAAGCAUAGACGACGGAAGAGGCUUGAUGUUGUGUUGUCAUCCGAACGGGUGGUUUUGAUUAUGGAUGAUUUAGAAGAGGUUUGGCGUGAAGAAAAUCACAAAAAUUUAAUAAAUAUUAAGCCAUAUAAGUUCUUCAAGAAAAAAAGUCCUUGGGUUGAAGAUUUGUUAGAAGAUGACCAAGAACUUACUAGGGUUUUGGGUGUUCUAAAGACGGUUUAUAAUGUUUUUUAUGAAAAGGAAGGAAGAAAUUAUGAUGGUAAAGAUGUGAGGGAAGUGCUUGAAAGUAUCAAGAUUCAGUCUUUAGUUGAAGAAUUAUUUGACGAGCGGUGGUUUGGAACAAUUAAUAAAGAUUAUUUUGAAUGA